AUGUCGAUAAGAUCAAAGCUCUCAUCAUUGAGAGAAUACCUCACUCCUAUAAACACCGAGUCCAACUUCUCCACCACCGGAGAAAUUUCCCCGGACGAGUUUGUCAAGGCCGGCGAUUAUCUAGUGUAUAAAUUCCCAACCUGGCAAUGGGGGUCUUGUCCUGAUAAGUUAAAAAAAUCGUUUUUACCUCCUGAUAAACAGUAUUUAAUAACAAGACACGUUCCUUCGUACCAGAGGGUGUCCACAUACUAUGGAAUUGACUCUACCAAGGACGAGGAUGAAGAAGAGGAAGAUGAAGACGGUUGGGUCAAAUCUAAACCAAUUAAUAAUCGAGAUCACGUUGAUCGAUUAAAGAAAGACGAUCAGAACCAAGAACAGGAUAUAGAUGAUCUCAUUGAUGAUUCGGUGGAAGACGAUAUCGAAGAUGCAGAAGAAGAUGAUGACGAUUUCCAACAAAUUGAUUCCAAUAACGAAGUUCGUAAAUACGAUUUAUACAUUACUUAUUCUACUUCUUAUAGAGUACCUAAACUUUAUCUUGUUGGGUUUAACUCAAAUGGUAUUCCGCUAUUACCCAAUCAAAUGUUUGAUGAUAUAAGUAAUGAUUAUAAAGAUAAAACUGCAACCAUUGAAAACUUGCCAAUCACUUAUAACACCACCUCGAUAUCAAUUCAUCCUUGUAAACAUUCGUCAGUCAUGAAGGUCUUGAUGAAACAUGCUAAAAGAAAGAAUUCCGAACCAGAUAUUGCCGAUCUCUCCUUAGAGGAUACUGGCAUUAGGGUAGACCAGUAUCUCAUCAUCUUCUUAAAGUUCAUUGCCAGUGUCACUCCCGGUAUAGAAUACGACUAUACCAUGGAUGCGUUAUAA